AGUGUCAUUAGAAUCACUUUAGUACCAACUGUUGGCUGUGUGAGUUCACAUUUUAAAAAAAAUUUAUUUAAUUAUUUAAAAUUCCUUCAAAAAAAAAUAAUUUGUCACUAAACAAAAAAAAAAUACUCACAAUAAGCGAUAAUUAAUAACCAAAGUCAAUAGUAUUAAAAAAAAUAUAUAUACGUCUACAUAUAUUGAUUGACAUUUGACACAGUUUACAAAACCCAACCUUUAAAAAUCUGAUGUAACACGAAGCAGAUAAUUAUUUAAGAGAACAAUUGUAAAUAAUAAAAGUAAUUUUAAAAAAAUAAUUAUCAUCAACUACACAUUCCAAUCAUGAGGUACGUGGAUAUAAUUGUGUACAAGCUGGAUUAGUACUCCAAUAAAAAAUCACUAACUUAAUUUAUAUCAUUUAAUUACAAACGUAAGGCUGUGAAAGAUAACGUUUGAUGAUAUUAGAAACUGACGAGCUCUGAAGAACUGUACUUACGUCGGCAAGCUCUUGUGAUAUAUCUCUAAUUGUACAUAAUUUAUUUAAAUCAUGACUAAUUUAUCGCAUAAAUUAAGUAAUAGAAAAUUGAUUGUCGAUGGACUGGCUGUCAUGUUCGGAAUUGGAGCAUGGAUCGGAGUAAAUGGUAUUUAUGUGCAACUGCCUCUUUUUGUUCAAUCAGCUCCUGAAAAAUGGGAGCUGCCAACUUACAUGGUAAUGUUGGUCCAAAUAGCUAAUUUGGGUCCAAUACUCUACACUUUAUAUGCCAAAUAUUCAUCAUGGUCUCGAGAUCAUUACAUAAUUUAUGGUCUACUCGGUACAGCAACCGUAGCAAUCUAUGCAAUGUCACUGACAUACAAGUUGACGUCAACGAUAUUCGACACCGAUCACUCGACAGCGUUACUUGGCUUAAUGUAUCUGACAGCAGUUGUAGGAUGUACAAGCUCUGUAUUAUUUAUCCCAUAUAUGCGAAACUAUCGUGAAAUAUAUUUAGUAUCUUAUUUAGUUGGCGAGGGUCUUAGUGGUUUUUUACCGAGCACAAUAGCACUGAUACAAGGAGUAGGUGGUAACUCGGAAUGCAGAAAUGUCACCCAGCCGGGUGACACUGAAGUAAAAUUGAGAGAAAUUCAUCCCGAGCCACGAUUUUCAACGGAGAUAUUUUUUGUUAUACUCGGGACGAUAUUAUUGUUAAGUUUCAUAUCAUUUGUUGGUUUAAAUAAAUUACCUUCAGCACGCGGUGAGCGAGUUAAGCCACCAGGUUGUAUGGAGACACUGCCAACAGAGACAACCGCGCCGCCAAGUUACAAGACAACUGCGGGAUGGAGCAUGUCUAAGCAAAUGUACAUAUAUUUGUUAACAAUUAUGGGAAUUGUUUGUUUCUUAGAUCACAGUACGCUGCCAAGUAUUCAAUCAUAUGCGUGUUUACCCUACGGCAAUGUCGCUUAUCAUUUAACAGUCACGCUGUCGUCGAUGGCAAGUCCACUGUCGAUGUGUCUUGGAUUUAUUUGGAAUCCUCCAAAGUCCGAAAGACUUUUUACAAUUCUUACAGCUGUUAUUUUAGUUAUAUCUAGUUUUGUUAUGUACUUGGCUGUUGAAUCACCGACUCCGCCACUUCAAGGCACGUGGGCUGGUGAAUUAUUAGUCGUAGUUUUGUGGAUUGUACUUAAAGGUCUGCUAGGUUUUGUUAAAAUGGGAAUCACGACGUUGUUCCGUCGUGAUCCGGGUCGUGGACUUUAUUACACUGGAGUCGCUACCCAGGUUGGAUCACUGGUCGGCGCAGUAACGAUAUUUACUUUAAUUAAAUACGGUAACAUAUUUCAAACUUACUCGCCAUGUACGGCGCUAAGUGCUCAUUAAAUAGCAUUUUUAAUUUACAAGAAAUAGAUAAUUUUUUAUUUUAAUUAUUGAAUCUGUAGUUCAUGAUAUUGAAGACAGCUGACGUCUAAUAAUUUUUGGAUUUUUUUUUUAAACGAUAAAUUAUAAAAAAAAAAAUAUUUGAAAAAAUUGCACAUGUAGUUUUUUAAAUUUUCUACAUGUGCAUAUUUUUUUUUUAUUUUUUUUUUUUUAAUGAUUCGUUGAAAAUAAUCCGAAAGUUGUCGACUGUCCGCUAGCUUCAGGAUCAUAGUUUUUAUUAGUAAAAUUAAUGGCCGGGGUUUUAGAUAAUUUUUUUAAAUUGUUUUUAAUGCAGACAAAGAUUUAAUUAGACGAAUGAUGAAUUUACACGUGAUACGAAAGACUUGACAUCUACUUAACUCAUUUUUAUAGGGAUCAAUUUCAUUAAAAUCAACGAUUGCUUCUUCCAAUUUAAAACAUUUUUUUUAUUUCUUACAACGACCUUAAGUUUAUAUUCAAACAAUUGAUUAAUACUUAUAAAUAAAUCAUGAAAACUUUUUUUUAAAUUCAAAAUUGUGCAAAUUAGUGGAUUUAUUUUUACAGUAUUCUGUAUAUUAAAAAAAUUUAAUUAACGUAAAUUGUCAAUACAUAAAUUAUAAAUAUAAUAUUGAAAUUAUAUUUUGAUGAAAAAAUAAAUGA